AUGGCACACGCCGAGCGUCUUCAGACAUUCACCUCCAAGCCACGGGUGUUCAUCCUCAGCGAUAUCUCCAAUGAACCCGACGAUGCCGAAUCACUGGUUCGGUAUCUUCUCUACUCGAAUCAGUUCCAGACAGAGGGAUUGGUGGCCUGUACAUCGACCUGGAUGAAAACCAAGGUGUGUCCACAGGACAUGCAUAAGAUCGUCGAUGGCUAUGAAAAGGUAGUCGACAAUUUGAAUGCUCAUGCCCAUCCACAAGAUCCGUACCCUACGGCGGAAUAUAUGAGGGGUCUGAUUAAGAAAGGCGCUGAGACAUAUGGCAUGUCCGCGGUCGGAGACGAUAUUCCACUCAGUGAGGGCGGUCAAUUAUUACUAGAGCGCAUCGAGGCUGAUUCGAAUGAGCCUCUCUGGAUUUUAUGCUGGGGUGGCACCAAUGUACUGGCCUCGGUCUUGCUCAAGAUCCAAAACACCAAGUCCGAAGAAGUUGCGGCAGCACUCCGAUCGAAGCUGCGUGUCUAUACGAUCUCCGACCAGGACGAUACCGGUGUAUGGAUUCGCAACAGAUACCCUGAUCUCUUCUAUAUUUGUUCGGUUCAUGGAUGGAAUCAAUAUGGCAUGGCAGCAUGGUGCGGUAUCUCCGGCGAUGGCUGGUAUGGAUUUGAUAAAGGCGGUCCCGAUCCAAGCAAGAUCAGCAAGGAAUGGAUCCGAGAGAAUAUCCAAAUUGGACCUCUUGGCUCCACAUACCCGGACUACAUGUUCAUCCCCGAAGGUGAUACCCCAACCUUCCUCUAUCUGAUUCAGAAUGGCCUUGGAGUGCCAGAACAUCCGGAGUGGGGCUCAUGGGGAGGUCGAUACAUCGCGACGGAUAUCAGCGCCAAGGGCCUUCGGAAUGGACACUACAGUGACACUGUCGAUGAAGUGGUUGGGUUAGACGGACGGACGCACAAGUCCAACCACGCGACGAUCUGGCGGUGGCGUGACGCUUUCCAAAAUGACUUUGCGGCGCGGAUGCAGUGGACACUCUCGCCUGAGUUGAGCAAGGCCAAUCACCAGCCAGUCAUCAUCCUGAACGGCAGCAAAGGAUUAGAACCCUUACAUCUCGAGCUGGAGGCUGGUUCGACAUUCGAGCUCGACGCCUCGGAGACAUACGACCCGGACACAAACGAUUCCCUUACGUUCAGAUGGUAUCAGUACAAAGACCCGAGCGCGACACAGUGGUCCGUCCGUCACGAAGUUGGACAGCUGACAUUUGAGCCACUCAACACCGCUGGAAGCAAGGUCAAAGUAACUGUGCCGCCACCAGAAAAGUGCUGUCUGGAGCUCAUUAGUCGCGAAGCGCUCCCUAGAGGGCAGUUAUUGCAUAUCAUAUUGGAGGUGAAAGACAAUGGAACACCACCGUUGACUAGCUACCGACGAGUCACGGUCCAGACUUUGAACGAGAAGCUGCUUGGCGGCGGCGGUGGUGCAGAGGCUAUUGGCGAUGUUAUGAGAGACAUGAUGUAA